UUAAUUAAAUCAUAAAUUUAUAGCAAAAUGUUUAAACAAAAUUAUUAAUAAAUCAACUACAACACACAUAAAUCUAAUGCCUGCAAGUGCAAACCUAACGAACUAAGGUAAACAGUAUUCCACAAGAGAGAAUCAUUCGCCAGAUCGCCACAACAAGCGAAUUGUAGAGAAUUCCAGUGCAUGACGAAUGCAAAAAGAGGCAACGUCAACGCAAAGUCCAAUUGGAGCAGAAACAGUAGAUAUUGAGAAAGAAGAGCUUGCCUGUGACUUGAAAUGAGAUGCAAACUCGACGCCGUUACCAUCAGACGGACCAGCAGGAUUACAACAGCACCAAUUACCAGAACGGGGGCGUGUCAGACCAGCAAGGUGGAUCAACAGGAUUAAGCUAUACCCUAAUCCAGCCAGGUGAGCAGCAGCCACAGCAUCAGCCGUUGUUCUAUUCAGCUGGUGGAGCUACAGCACAGGAUCAGCAGCCAAAACCGUCGCCAGAAGCUGCCAUCCAAAUCGGCGCUCAGGGUGUCGCGGACGUUGACGAUAAAUACGGCAAGGCAGCGCGCCAGUGGAAUUUGCGCAGUUUCUCGACAAAAUUGCAGGCUAGUUCCGGACAAGCACUGCGCACAUUCAUACAGCAGCCAUUGAGUGCAGCUGCUGCCGUUGUUACCGGCAACCAUCCGACACAGAGCAGCGACAACAACAAUUACGACUACUACAAUUCCUUGCAACAACAACAACAACCAAUACGUGAGGAACUUGACUUGGAGCCAGAGCAGGAAAUCUUCAUAAUGGCCGCACGUGAUCGUACGAAUGAGUUUGCCAACGCGAUACGCUCGCUGCAAUCCAGGAACAUCACAAGAGCAGUCAACAUUCGCGAUCCCCGGAAAGCGAAGCAGGUGCAGAGCUAUUCUGAGUUUAUGAAUAUGGCUCGCUAUAUAGGCAAGAAUAUAGCGAGCACAUAUGCCAAAUUGGAAAAGUUAACCAUGUUGGCCAAAAAGAAAAGUCUCUUCGAUGAUAGACCCCAAGAAAUACAGGAACUCACGUAUAUCAUCAAGGGUGAUCUGAAUGCGCUAAAUCAACAAAUUGCCAGACUACAAGACAUUUCGAAGGACCAGCGACGCACUGCAAGUGGCAAACAUCUGAUGUCACAUUCCUCCAAUAUGGUAUUGGCCCUCCAAUCCAAAUUGGCCAGCAUGAGCACAGAUUUUAAACAGAUACUUGAAGUACGCACCGAAAAUCUCAAGCAACAGAAAACGCGACGUGAUCAGUUCAGUCAAGGUCCCAGCCCCUUGGCUGCCCACACCAUGUCGCCUUCGACCGCCAAACAGGGCUCAUUACUUCUCAGCGAAGCGAAUCAGGCUGUCAGUAUAGACAUGGGUGCCGACACAAGUGAUACAACCCCACUGCUAGGACCACCAGCUCGACUCCAGCAACAACAACAGAUGGCUAUCUAUGACGAAUCCGAUAACUAUGUGCAACAACGUGCCGAAACUAUGCAAAACAUUGAAUCGACAAUUGUGGAAUUGGGCGGCAUUUUCCAGCAGUUGGCGCACAUGGUAAAGGAGCAGGAGGAGAUUGUCGAACGCAUUGAUACAAAUGUCGCAGAUGCUGAGCUUAAUAUUGAGGCGGCACAUACUGAGAUACUAAAGUAUUUUCAGUCCGUCUCGAAGAACCGUUGGCUCAUGAUAAAGAUUUUUGGUGUUUUGAUAUUCUUCUUCCUAUUCUUUGUUGUUUUUAUGUCAUAAUUAACGCUAAUCAUAUUGUACCAUGAUAUAAAUUAUUAUGCCCGACACUUUUAA